AUGCGAGAUUCGUCAAGUACGUCGAGCGACUCUCCAAUGGCUUCAGACUACAGAAUAGGUCACAUGCCAUCACAUCCUCGCAAACCAAUACCAAGGAAAGGACACACCAAGUCACGUCGUGGGUGCUUCAACUGCAAGAGACGUAGAAUCAAAUGCAACGAGAAGCAUCCAAGAUGCGCCCACUGCGUCAAAGCAGGGCUACAGUGUGACUACCCUGCCAACAUCAUACAGCUUAUGCAGAGAUCGACGAGACCUUCACAUCCACAAGAGGCAGUAAAUUUACGUUCGACGCCUGGCAUUUUUACAAUGGCCGACAUGCGCUUGUUCCACCAUUUUAUUAUCACUGCGUAUCCACAUAUACCUGUUGGUGCCGACAAGAUCUGGGUCACUGUGAUCCCGGGUUUUGCACACAACUAUGAGUACCUCAUGCACUCGAUCCUUGCAUUGGCCGCCUCGCACUUGGACGCUGUAUCGAGCAUCAGUGUUGCCGAGCAGGCAAUACAGCAUCGUAUUCUAGCUGUCAAAUCUCUCAACGAAGCAUUGUCAGUACCGCCAAAGUCGAAGAGCGAACAAGAUGCCAGAAUGGCUGCUGCAUUGGCGCUUGCCUUCCAGUCAAGCCAUCUCCAAGAUGGCCUCGCUGAGUUUUUGACUAUGGUUCGAGGCUGUAACUUGAUCGCCAGUGAUGGAUUGUCAUUGGGCUCAGAUUCACCCUUUAAAGUAGGUCCUUCGUCUUCAAUAACUGAGGCCUUUGGCGAAGACAGCCACCUUCAGCAGAUGAAGCACCGAAUCGGCACCGCUCCUCCAUUCAGCUGCCUCAACCAGGGAGACCUUGACCUAGCUGCUACCUCUCUUUCCUCAAUUGGAUACCUCAACAUGUCCCCCUUCGAACACGCCUACCGGUCCGCCCUCGACACCACUAUACAGAACGCAUACGAUCGUCCGAUUGACGCAUACACAUCCUUCGUCACGCUCUACAACAUACCCUCUCGCUGGUCGAACGACGAAUUCCAAGCCUUCAUUGACCCGAACAACAGCAUUGCUCAGAUAUUGCAAGCGCACUUCAUCGCCGUUCAAGCCAUCCUCACACCAAUCCUAUACCUCGAACGGGUCGGCUUCGAAGGUAUCAACGCACCAACGGCGGUGAUGAGCUGGAUUGAGGGUAUCUAUAGAAAUGUGCCACAUCAUCUGAGGCAUCAUUGCGAAUGGCCAAGACAAGUGUCGAGAUAUCCGUAUAUGAGAUUCUUGGGACAGAGGAAUACGAGUUAUUUUGAUAAACAAGCUGAGGACUUGGAACUGCUGGGUCUAUGA